UCAAAAUCGUCAUCUUCUCUGCCCUUUGACGCGGUCUCGCUCGCGACCGAACGCGUCUCUCGCUCCCGUUCUCGACAACGCCGCCGCCUCCCGCUCCAAGCCACCGCCGCCGCCGCCGCCUCCCGCUCCGAGCUGGCGCCUCCUCCUCAGCCGCCGCCACCCGCCCGCGCGCCUCCCCUCCCCUCCUCCUCCUCCUCCCCCGCCGGUCGCGCCGCCAGCGGGGCCCUCUCCCUCUCCGCCCUGGCCGGCGGAGCUUGAGCUUGAGCGUCGAUUUGGAGUUGGCCGGUGCGGCUUGACGCGUACGAGGAUGAUGGCGGCGGCGACGGGAAGAAGAAAGCGGCGGCGGUGGCGAGUGCUCGUCCGUCGUCGUCGGCGCCGAUCCGGCCGUCCGACUACACGCACAGCUCGGCGCACCACUGCGUCGCGCUGAGGGACGCCGCCGGGCUGGCGGUCCCGCCGCUCGCCCACCCGAGCCGCAUCCUCACCGCCUCCGACGCCGCCCGCGAGGCCCGCCUCGCGGCGCUUGACCGCCGCGACGUCCCCGGGGUAGCGACGGAGAGAAGCCACUCGCCACUGACCCACAGGCUACUUCGCAUCGCAUCGCCUCACCCCGCCGCCGCCGCCGCCGCCGUCGCCGUCGCGGUAGCUCCGCCUUGAGACUGACAGAGGCCCCGUGGCGCCGCUGCCCGCCGGUCAUGCCGCUGCGGCGCGGAGCCCUCCCUCCCCGCGCCCCUCUUCGGCCGGCACCCGGCGGUCUCUGCGGCCGCGCGCUCCUCCGCCGGACCUGCAGCCUCUCGUGGCCGGCGACGACGGGCGGAGCGGCGCUCAGUUACCAGAUGAAAAAUUCUAGAUGGAAGCCAGUAUUUGCCUUGGAAACAGGUGGACCAUCUAAUGCUGAUAGCCAAGACUUCGAAGAUGAUGGUGGCUUUCUUGGUAGAACAAGGCUGGGAAGGCUCAUCCAAGCUGCUGGGAGGGAACUACUUGAAAAGCUGAACUCUGCCAGAAGCAACUCCCCCACGAAGAUAUUCCUUGUGCUGUUUGGCUUCUAUACCGCCAACGCAUUGGCAACAAUCCUAGGGCAGACUGGUGACUGGGAUGUUCUUGUGGCUGGUGUUGUAGUGGCUGCCAUAGAGGGAAUUGGCAUGCUUAUGUACAGAAAACCGAUGAGUAGACCUCCUGGACGAUUCCAGUCAUUGAUUGCAAUGGUGAACUACUGGAAAGCCGGCGUAUGUCUGGGCCUUUUUGUGGAUGCCUUCAAACUGGGAAGCUGAGUUCCCUUCCCACUAUCAACUUCUUGUAUCAACUUACUAAUGUUAUUGAUUCAUUGAGCUCACAAUGACACGUGGAAUGAACUCCCAAGGCUCCAAACUGCUACCGUGUUGUUGUAUGCAGAUAAAUUUGCUGCGAAGCGUAAACAUUACUUCUCGGCUAUAAAAUGUACAUAUGUUGAUGUAGUCUUCUAUGAAAUUCUUGUAGUAUUACACUAGUCUGAUGUCCAUAUGUGUCUAUAGAUAAAUAAUGGUGUCUGUUGUAAGAUGACUAUUGUUGGCUAUUUCCACACCAGGCAAACCAUUUAAUAAGCUGCUUCUCUCAUUGAUUAUUACCCAAA